ACGUGCGAGCUCAUCUGGUGGGAAUCGUUGCCCAAAAAGAUUCAGUUUGUUAUCAGUGAUAGUGAUAAUAGAAAAUACUACUUGUGCAAGUAAUAGUGUGGAAUAACGCAUAAGCAUAUCAACGUAUAUAUGUUGUAGGUCUAUGAUAAAGUAAACUUACGGGGCAGACCUUGGUGGACUUCGCGCUUUGUCUUCUGUUUCUGUAUCCGGUUUUUAGUUUUUGCGCAAUGUUGUCGAGAUUUUCCCCUUUCAAUGCCAGACGUCUACAAAACAGUGCUUUACGAUAUAUAAGUAGAAUGGCAUCAUCAUCGGUCAAAGUGCAAGUACGUCAAGGUGUUGUGGUUGGACGAGAUGGGCUUCUGCCAAACGGAGAACCAUAUCAUAGCUUUCAAGGUGUACCCUAUGCAGUGCCUCCGCUUGGUGAAUUGCGUUUUAGAUCACCUGUGGCUUUGGAACGCUUUGAUACGCCCUCUCUAGAUUGUACGCGGGAAAAGGAACCAUGCCAUCAACGAGAUCCUAUGACAAAUAAUAUUAUAGGCACAGAAGAUUGCCUGCACCUCAAUGUAUACGCACCAGCAAAGCGCACUGCCAGACCACUGCCAGUUAUGGUGUGGCUACAUGGCGGCGGAUUUUUCUUUGGCUCAAGCAAAAACAUAUUGCCGUUAAGUUUAAUGUGUGAGGAUGUAAUUGUAGUGACACUAAAUUAUCGUUUAGGUGCUUGGGGUUUUUUAUGCCUACCCGAGGAGGGUAUUUGGGGUAGUGCCGGUUUGAAAGAUCAGCGGCUAGCUCUGCAGUGGAUUCACGAGAACAUCGCUCACUUUAAUGGCGACCCUAAUAAUGUUACCUUGUUCGGUGAAAGCGCUGGCGCUGCAUCUGUUCACUUGCACACAAUGGCUCCCCAUGCAAAUAAACUCUUUCAUAAAGCGAUUAUGCAAAGUGGCGCCGCUAAUAUGGAGUGGGUUUUCCAACUAACUCCACAAAACAAAGUGCGUGGCCUUUGCGAAUUGUUGGGCUGCCAAUCACGCGAUACGCGGGAUAUGCUAAACUUCUUACAAUCGCACGAAAAAGUAACCCCGCUGAAUGUUCUUGCUAAUACGUUGCCUCUGCUUUCUUCAGAUGAACGUCGCCGUGGCUUGCCCCUCCCUUUCGGACCUGUCGUUGAAGAUCAAAGCAGUUCUGAUAGAUUUAUCAGCAUGCCAGUAAUGGAACGUAUGCGAAAAAAAGAUACCCUGGCCAUGCCAAUUAUAAUGGGCUACAAUUCUGCUGAAGGCAUUAUGAUGCUGAUAAAUGCUAUACGUAAAAUCGAGGAUAUAGAUCAAGAUUUGUCUCGCUUUGUACCUCGUAACAUUCCACUGCAUACGGAUCACAAUGAUAUACAGUAUUUAGCACAAAAGUUACGCGACUUUUAUUUUAAUGGUAAAAAUAUCACGCACGAGCAAUUUGAUGCCAUGACUAAUUUAUUGACAGACUACCAUUUCAUGGUGGACACGCAGCUGGCUUUGAAAUUGCAGCUGGAACACCAGCCUCGCGCACCCAUCUUUUUUUAUAGGUAUGAUUAUUGUGGUGGACGGGAUCUAUAUAAACGAUUUUUCCAGUUGGAGCAGAUACCUGGCGCUUGUCAUGGAGACGAAUUACAUUACCUUUUCCAAACGCCAGGUGUUGACCCCAGAAAAUUUGAGGAAUGCGACAGGCAAAACAUUAAACGUCUUAGCGCACUCUGGGCUAACUUUGCGCGUCAUAAUAUGCCCACUCCACCAGAAAGUCCUUUUACCAAAGAGUUGGGCUGUAUUUGGACUCCGCUAAAGAGACCAAAUAAGGAUGAGGACUUUGGUUUGGAUUGCUUCAUUAUUGAUAGGGAAUGUAGAAUGCAACGUGGUCCCGACAAGGAUCGUAUGGAUUUCUGGCAUGAAAUAUAUCGAAAUUAUCCACCGUUGGACUACUCGCGGAUGAGCGCAAAGUUGUAAUUAACUAAAGCUGUUCUAAAAACUAAACCAUUCACCAAAAGAUGCUAUUGGAUUUAACUAAAGCUGUUUUAAAAACUAAACCAUUCACCAAAAGAUGCUAUUGGAUUUAACUAAAGCUGUUUUAAAAACUAAACCAUUCACCAAAAGAUGCUAUUGGAUUUAACUAAAGCUGUUUUAAAAACUAAACCAUUCACCAAAAGAUGCUAUUGGAUUUAACUAAAGCUGUUUUAAAAACUAAACCAUUCACCAAAAGAUGCUAUUGGAUUUAACUAAAGCUGUUUUAAAAACUAAACCAUUCACCAAAAGAUGCUAUUGGAUUUAACUAAAGCUGUUUUAAAAACUAAACCAUUCACCAAAAGAUGCUAUUGGAUUUAACUAAAGCUGUUUUAAAAACUAAACCAUUCACCAAAAGAUGCUAUUGGAUUUAACUAAAGCUGUUUUAAAAACUAAACCAUUCACCAAAAGAUGCUAUUGGAUUUAAUUGGUAAUUAAGUACGUGAAAAUACUCAUCCUUUUUUUUCAUUUCAUAGUAAGUUUUUGUACAUACAUAUUAGAUAAUACGAGGGAAUAUUUAAUUUAAAUAAAGAAACGGACUAAUAUACUUGCCUUGAUUCUCGUAAUUAUUUAUUUACGCCUCAAUUAUUGAAUCCACUAUAGAAAACAACGAAUCCGAAUACUUUCCACGAAUGCAUUCAGGUGU